AUGCCCGAAUUUUCUAAGUUCGUGAAAGACCUACUUACGAAGCAGAGGUCUGUUCAACAUGAGACAGUGAAACUAAUUCAUCACGUGAGUUCGAUUAUUGCUUCCACCAUAUUUCAGAAAAUGGGAGAUCCAGGGGUGUUUACCAUUCCGUGUAAUACUAGGCAUCAUGCUUUCGCUCGUGCUUUGUGUGAUAAUGGGGAAAGUAUCAAUCUAAUGCCUCAUUCUAUUUACAAGCAAUCCAUAUUGGGAAUGCCUAGACCGACUCCUAUGUGGUUACAAAUGGCGGACAGAUCCAUCAAGAGGCUAGUUAGGGUUGUAGAUGAUGUGUUGGUACAAGUGGGUGAGUUCAUGUUACCUACAGAUUUUGUUAUUCUGGAUUGUGCGGUUGAUAAAGAUAUUCCCAUCAUCUUAGGAAGACCCUUCGUUGCUACGGGCAGAGCACUUAUGGACUCUGAAAAGAACGAAAUCAAAUUUUGA